CUGCCUCCUCUGCAUAGAUAUUAUAGAGUAUUUUAUUUAUUAUAAUAUCUAUAUCAAGAAUGAGCCAACAGCAAGCAGUCAGCUCUCCCUCUCUCCCCACGCCGGAGAAGAGGACUAGAAUGAAAGAGAAGGAGGACCUACAACUCCUCAAUGACCGAUUCGUAACCUACAUAAACCGAGUCCGUCGCUUGAGAGAUGAGAAUGAGAAGCUGAACAUUACCCUAGAUCACAUGCAGACCACUACGCAGGAGGAGACCAGCACCCUCAAGAAGAUAUUUCAAAAGGAGCUUCAAGAUUCACGUCUUCUCACUGAUAGGACGGCCAAGGAGAAAGCACAUUAUCAGAUUCAGUAUGCUAAAAGUGAAGACAGAGUCAAAGAUUUAGAGACGGAGCUAAAGAAGUUUCAUGAAGAUUAUGAGCGCAUGCAACAAGAACUGGCUGAGGCUAAGAAAAGUGCAGAGACGUUUGAGAGCUUGUACAAAUCCUCACUUGUUGACAACCAGUCUGCUAAACAAAAGAUACAAGACCUUGAAGAAGAGAUUAAUAAAUUACAUUCUCGUCUUAAGAAUGUUCAGGAUUCUCUGGACCAGGGGACCCUUGCACUAGUUAAAAUUCAGAACCAGAAUCAGACUCUUCGUGAGGAACUUGCUUUCAAGAUGAACAGAUAUAACGAGGAGAUAAGGGCACUCACUAUAAAACAUACUGGUUUGGACACUGUACAUCGUGAUGGUGUCAAAGAGACUGAUGAUGAUUUUGCCGAACGUCUUCAGGCGGCCAUUGAUGAGGCCAGAGAAGAGAUUGAGAAAGAAACUCAGCAAUUUAAACUUGACCUUGAAGAGAGCUACAAGAUCAGGCUUGAGUCAUUGGAGUCACAGAGUCAGCAUGACGCGUCUGCUAGGGUAUGUUUUGAUGAUGAGCUGAAGAACUGUCACACUACACUGGCUAAAAAUAACAGAGACAUUGAAAAACUUCAGGAGAAGAAUGAACAGCUUGAGAGUGCUCUUAGAGAGAAGUCAAAAGAGUUGACUCAAACUAAGCAGCUCCACUCUGCUGAGAUAGCUCGCCUAAUGGAUGAGAUGCGUGCGCUGAGAGCCAAUUAUGAUCGAAAGAUGAAAGAAUAUGAAGAAUGGCUUGAUCUGAGGAUGCAGUUAGAGCAGGAGAUUGCUACCCUCUCUGCACUACUGCAGGAGGAGGAACAGAGGCUCAGUUUGCAGACCACUCCACGUGAGAAGAGACCUCGUGUUGCUCGUGACGGUGAAGGCCCUCGCUCUAAAAGGAAGAAGCAAGUCGGUGCUACAUCUUCUAAUGCUGUUGGAUUUAUGCAGAUCAUUGACGUUGAUCCUGAUGGACGCUUUGUACAAAUUAAAAACACGUCUGACAAGAUUGAGCAUCUUGGUGGUUUUAAAAUUAUACAUGAAGUGGAGAACACUGGAGAGAAGGUGGAGUUCCGUUUCCAUAGCAAAUCAAAGCUACUAGGAGGAGCUGCUGUAACAAUAUGGGCUGCAGGCAUAGAUGGUGCUGUUCAUUCUCCUCCGUCUGACAUUAUUUGGAAGGCAGUCAAUAACUGGGGCUUUGGAUCAAGGACAUCAACAUCUCUUUGCACCAAAAAUGGAGAGGUUGUUGCUACCUUUAGUCAGCAUAGAGAGGAGUCCUUCAUGGAGGUGGCAGGCAAUACCCCCCUCCCUCCUCCUUCCCUUGAAGUUGCUGAGACAGACGUUGGCAUCCAAACCUUUCCCUCCAUUCCCCCAACUGCUCCAGUAAGAGUCAGCCCCACUUCUACUUCCCAUGCUGCUUGUGAACAGGAAGAAAUUUUUUACCAGCAGGAUGAUCCUCCUCCUCCUCCCAUUGAAGAACCACCACCAAAGGAUUGCAUUAUUUCUUAGACAGUCAGUUGAUUACACCCCGUAAUAGAAAUUUUGCCCACUAGUUAUUGUUAUUAUUAUUUUCUGUGUCCUGUCCAAUAAUUUCAAUCAGAUUUUUUAA